AAAAAUUAUGUGUGUGUAACAUACAUAUUAGAAAUAUAAUUAUAGUAUAUAUAUUUCAACAAUUUGUUAACAUACAUAUAUAUUUCGACAUAUUUUUGAGUCCUACAUUUAUUUGAUUCCAUUGAACCAACAUUAGAAAAAAUCUUGGCGCGUUGCAUCAAAUUAUGCAACGAAUUCCUCCAUAUAAUACACAUACAAUCAUACAAGAAAGAAACAAAAGAAAGAAAGAGGAAGUCGAUCAUCAUGAUUCGACAAUAGAGAUGAGAGACGAGAUCGUGCGGCGAUUUUGCAAAUCAUUCUAGCGACGCCAGUAAUCCUGAUUAUAAAGAAAAUGUUUUAUUCGCUCCAUCGUUGAUCAUUGAUUAAUGAUACAUAUGUUCAAGAUCGUCGGAAAUAGUUAUUCUAGUAAUACGCAAUCUUGUCAUCUUUCUGUUGACUAAUUGUUGAUCGAUAUUAUUCACGUUAAACAUUAGCAAUGUGCAAAAAGCAAAAAUAUAUUUAAAAAUAUGAAAGAUGAUACUGCCAAUCCAAUACAUUUUAUCUCAAUCUAAUCAAAUUGUAUCAACAACGACGGAGAUAUCUGAGUUAGAUAUCUUAAUUUGUCAGGAUACUGCCGGUAACUGCUCUUGCGUAAGCAAUGAUGAUCACGUAAACGUUGUGAACGUAUAUAUAUGAAACAUCAUUUCGAUGUAGCAGCAGUCGAUCGUCGAAUCUCGACGCGUAAAGUUGUCUCCGCAUUUAAUUGCAUAAGAAAAAAAAAGAUAUUUGAUAAAGUGCAAAAGUUGGAUUAUAUUCAGAACUACAUAAUAUGUGUAUACUAAUUUAAUAAAGCGAUUUCUUUUUUCAACAUGGUAUACUUAAUCGCUCUGACGGUGAUAGCGGGCGCUCUAGGCCUCUAUUAUUACAUCUUCAAAAAUGUGAACUUUUUCAAGAAACGUGGCAUACCGUAUAAAACGCCUUUUCCCAUACUCGGGAAUAUGGCAGGAAUUAUCUUCCGUCGUGAAAAUUUAUUUGAUGUUGCGAAAAAUAUGUACGAUUUACAUCCUGAAGCCAAGUACGUCGGCAUGUUUGAUAUGACAACUCCAAUUAUAGUGAUUCGCGAUCCCGAUCUUAUUAAAUCUAUCGCGCUGAAAAACUUCGACCUGUUUCCGGAUCAUCGCACUUUCAUCGAGGAACAUCAAGAUCCAUUAUUCGGCAAAAAUCUGUUUUCCCUUAAAGGAGAGAGAUGGCGACAAAUACGGCCUUUACUGAGUCCAGCUUUCACGUCCAGCAAGAUGAAAAGUAUGUUUAAACUGAUGUCGAAAUGCGCCGCCGAAUUUAGCAAUUAUUUGGCGCAAAUGCCAACAGAAAAGAGGAUGAUGGAAAUAAAAGACGCCUUUACGAGAUACACAAAUGACGUAAUAGCUACUUGCGCUUUUGGUAUUAGUGUUGAUUCUAUGAGAAACCCGAACAAUGAAUUCUACGUUUACGGCAAGGAGGCGACCACUUUCGGCAGAAUCACCCUUAUAAAGUUGUACAUCUAUAGAAGCUUUCCUUGGCUGGCAAAAAUACUUCAAUUAAGAAUUAUUCGUGACAAAAUAGCGAAUUUCUUUCGAGAUCUCGUAGAAGACACCAUAAAAACAAGGGACGAGAAUGGUAUCGUCCGUCCAGACAUGCUGCAAUUAAUGAUGGAGACUAGGGGUAAAGAGGGCAAACCAAAACUGUCUAUCGAGGAUAUGGUAUCUCAAGCGUUUAUUUUCUUCUUUGGCGGCUUCGAUAGCACUUCGACCUUGAUGUGCUUUGCCGCUCACGAGAUCGCGGUGAAUGCGCAAAUACAAAAAAAACUUCAAGAUGAGAUUGAUAAGGUGUUGGAAGAGUCAAAUGGAUUAGCACCAUACGAAAUAGUUAAUAACAUGGAAUACUUGGAUGCCGUGAUUAGCGAAGCUCUCAGAAUGUAUCCGAUUCCAUCAUUAGACAGAAUAUGCGUAAAAUCAUUUGAGUUGCCUCCGACAUUGCCAGGGACGAAGCCUUUUACUAUAAAAAAAGGAGAAGGCAUAUGGAUACCGAUUUAUGGACUUCAUCAAGAUCCGCAGUACUUUGAAGAGCCGGAAAAGUUCGAUCCCGAACGGUUUCUUGGUGAACGAAAAAAAGAGAGUCUCAACUGCGGAGCCUAUCUACCCUUCGGACUGGGGCCCAGAAUGUGCAUAGGUAAUAGAUUCGCUUUAAUGGAGACGAAAGUUUUGCUGUUUCAUCUAUUGGCACGUUGCGAUCUCAAGCCUUGCAAGAAGACAUCGAUGCCGCUCAAGCUUUCCAAGGAUGGCUUCAAUCCGCGGCCCGAUGGCGGCUUCUGGUUGGGUGUAUCACCAAGGAAAAAUAUUCAUUGCAUUAUUGCUACUAAUGCAGUCAAUGAGACACCACAUCAGCUAUAAAAUUGAAAACACCAAAACCAAAAUGAACAUAAAGGACAUUUCUUCCUUAUUUUUGAGAUAAGAAGAUUUAUGUUGCUACAAGUUCAAAAAAUGGCAUCAUAUUGCAUCAGAAAUAUUUUUGAUGUGCUAAAAACAGAAUUAUUUUUAUUUCUCGUAUAUUACUGAGAGACCGAUAAAGGAGCGAGCAUAAAAAGAUUAAAAUUUAAAGAUCAAAUGUUAUUUUUUAUCUGGUAUCGUAAUUAUAGUUCAAUUUGUAACAACAAUUAUAUUCUUUUAGACAUUGGCAUAAUUAUUACUUUCGUGAAAAUUAUUUGCACUUCUUUACAAUAUUCCGUUACAUUUCGCAAAAAAUAUUUUCGCAAGUUGUUACAUAUAUUAAAAUAAAAAUAUGUUAUUAAAAAUAUAUUAUACGGACAAGUAUUAUUAAAAAGAGCUAAAAUUAAUGGCUACUUAACAUACACAUUGUGACCAAAUGUAUCAUUAUUAUAUAUAAAAAAAAAUUUUAUAUACAAAAAAUUAACACUAAUAAACGAG